ACCGGGGGAGGACGGAGAGAGGACGGAGGGAGGACCGAGGACCGAGCCCCGAGCCCCGAGCCUCGGCGGCGACCCGAGUGCGGGCGAGCAGCGCCGCCGGGGGGGAGGGAGGGAGCUCGGAGGGAGGAGAAGCGGCGGGGCUGCGGGCACCCCAAAAAAUCAGAGCCAUCCUCCCGACGGCCAUCCACGGCCCCGCUGCGGGGCGGAGAGCCGGGGGCCCGCAGAUGGCCAGCCCCGGGCUGGAGCUGGCGGCAGAGGGUCAGCCCCAGCCCGAGCCGGCCUUCGGCGAGGCGCAGAAGUGGAUCGAGCAAGUGACAGGCAGAAGUUUUGGUGAGAAAGACUUCCGUUCUGGGUUAGAAAACGGCAUUCUUCUGUGUGAGUUGCUGAAUGCAAUAAAGCCGGGAUUGAUAAAAAAGAUCAACAGACUACCGACCCCCAUUGCAGGUUUGGACAACAUCAUCUUAUUCUUAAGAGGCUGCAAAGAGCUGGGACUUAAAGAAUCUCAGCUGUUUGAUCCUGGUGACCUGCAGGACACAUCGAACAGAGUGACUGUCAAGAACAUUGACUGUAGUAGGAAGCUGAAAAAUGUAUUAGUCACCAUUUAUUGGCUAGGGAAAGCGGCAAACAGCUGCACGUCAUAUAGUGGAUCAACCCUGAACCUGAAGGAGUUUGAAGGUUUGCUGGCACAAAUGAGAAAGGAAACAGAGGAUAUUGAGAGUCCAAAGCGCAGCAUUCGUGACAGCGGUUAUAUAGACUGCUGGGACUCCGAGCGCAGCGAUUCCCUCUCCCCACCGCGCCACGGCAGAGAUGAUUCCUUCGACAGCCUGGACUCCUUUGGCUCCCGCUCGCAGCAGACACCGUCUCCAGAUGUAGUGCUCAGAGGAAGCAGUGAUGAAGGACUUUUUUCUCCUUCCUCACUAGGGAGAGGAAGUGACUCAGAAACUGACCUGCCACACAGAAAGAUGCCAGAUGUGAAAAAAGAUGAUAUGUUGGCAAGGCGGACCUCACACGGUGAACCUAAAUCAGCUGUGCCUUUUAACCAGUACCUCCCGAACAAGAGUAAUCAGACUUUCUAUGUACCUGCUCCCCUUCGGAAAAAGAAAGCCGAGCGAGAAGAGUAUCGGAAGAGCUGGAGCACCGCGACUUCACCGCUAGGAGACAGACCUUUCAGCAAACCUGAAACCAUAGAAGAAGAACAGAAUGAAACGUCAGAACUGUGUGAAAAGGAGAAAAUGGGCUCCGUGGCUCCUGAGGAAAGCCCUAUUAAACAUCAAGUAGGUUUCAGUCAAAGAGAAGGAAACUCCAUAGAACAGUCUCUUUCAUGUAGUGCAAAAGAAACAUCAGCACCUGAGGGGGAAGAUGCAGAAGAGAUCAGAAAGUUACGAAGACUGGAACAAGCUGGCAUUAAGGUCAUGUCAGCAGCCCAGCGCUAUGGCAGUAAAAUGCAAGCAUAUGAAGACAAUGGAAGCACCCCAGACAUCAUCCUUCGCAAGGAGAACCCCUUCAUGACACGUUACCAAAGGAAGGAUUCUGGUUCGGAAGAUGAAACAGCAAAUAGAGUGCCUGAUUUAGAGAAGGAUGACUUUGCUACCCGGAGAGCCAGAAUGAAUCAGCCCAAACACAUAGUUCCGUUUAACUCCUUUAUAAUUGGACCCUACACAAAUAAAGAUAAAGGUAAACUGGAAGACAGUAAAAAGCCAUUGCAGGUGGAAAAGCAGGAACAUGCAAGAGGAAGCCAGGUGCACGUGGCAGCAGCAAGGCAACUAGUGACACACAAGGAGAACACACUUCUGAAAACUGAGAAGAGUAAGUCAGAGGAGGAGGAAGAAGUGAAAGUACCUGAUACUGAGCGAGACGAUUUGGCUAAACGGAAAUCUCAGAAUGUCCUUCCUCAGCCUCAAGAAGAUACAGUUUUUGUGAAUGCAUCUAUAACAAAAGCGGAUUUGGAGACCUGGAAAAGAUUGAAACUGUCAGGGGAGCCCAGUGAAGAAGAUCUCAAAUGUCCCAGUGACACUCUUCUGCCAGCUGAAGUCACAGUGAAAGCAGCAGCCCGUGACGAUUUUGCUGUCCGCAAAGCCAGAGCAAACAAAAAGGCUGGUGGCCCCAAGCAGAAAUUCGUGCAUUUUGGGCCAGUAACUGAGAUCGAUCAGCAGAAAUGGGACAGGCUCAGCAUUGGCAGAGCUUCCCGCAGGGGUGAAGCAGAAGAGGCAAGCAGCAAAGACAGCGUGGAGAUCCCCUCCGGUGUUGAAAGCUCUCCUUCAGCCGCUGGCAGGCUCCGUUCCGAUGCAGCAUCCAAGCCACAGAACGAGCCCAGUGAGGCAGCGCAGUCAGGUACAGAUGAAUGUCACAGGAGAACGCUGUCACCCGCCCCUGCCACUUCCAUCGGCUCUGAGAAGCAAGCCCUGGGCGGUUCAAACAAACAGCAAGAAAGCGCCGAGGAAGAAUGCGAUGAGCAUUUGCCAGACAUUGAGAGAGAUGAUAUGUUGGUUAGGAGGUUGGGGACCUUUCAGAGGCGUACCACGAGCCCCAUUCAUAUGUAUUGUCCUCCCCUGCCAGUAACUCCUCACCUGCUGCAGCAGCGGCCAGGGGAGGCAGUAGCUCGUGAGAAGGAUUUGAAGACUCCACGGGAAGCAGAAAGCACUGUAACACAAGAAGAGAGCCAAGAACAGCUUGAAAUCCCUCAUCAGCAGAGUGGUGGAACAGAAAACAAAGUGAAAUUUCCAGACCCGCAAAGAGAUGACAUGUUGGCCAGAAGAACUGGAGCUUUUCUCAAACAGCCGGGGCCAAGUGUUAAACAGUUCCUUCCCAUGCCAUUUUCAAAGCAGCAGACUAAGCAGGGCACAGCUAGAGAACCUGAAAAGAAAACUGUGAGGCCUGAAAAAUGUGCGCAAGUCUGCAGUACUAGCUCUGGAAAACCUGUAAUGCUACCUCAACAAGAGCAGCAAGGGCAGGAAAGAUGCGAUCUCCCUCCUGCUGGACAAGACGAUACUAUUUGUACUGCCCAAGUGGGUGAACAUAGCCUUAAUGAAGUCCACCCUGAUCAAACGUCUAAGCUUCAGGAUGUUCCUGAGGAAAACAAAAAUGAAACAUUGUCAGCCAAGGAUGAGCAUCUGCAAACAUUCGGCCCCAGAACUGCUGUGUCUGAUGACGCAGAGAGCGUGAGCAUGUUCGACAUGAGAUGUGAAGAAGAAGCUGUGUCUCAGCCUCACAGCAAAGCUCGCCAUGAAAAACUGCAGAACAUACACAACCAGCUGAAAGAGGACGAGACCAGAUGGCAAGAUGACCUGGCUCGGUGGAAGAGUCGUCGAAGGAGUGCUUCCCAGGAUUUAAUAAAAAAAGAAGCUGAGAGAAAGAAAAUGGAAAGGUUAUUGUCUGGAGAUGGAUCAAAUGAGCGCAGAAAAAGCAUCAAAACCUACCGAGAAAUUGUGGAAGAGAAAGAGAGAAGAGAGCGGGAGCUUCAUGAGGCGUACAAGAACGCAAAGUCCCAGGAGGAGGCUGAGAGCAUCCUCCAGCAGUACAUCGAAAGGUUCACCAUUAGCGAAGCUGUCCUCGAGCGUCUGCAGAUGCCAAAAAUCCUGGAAAGAAGUCAUUCAGUGGAGCCAGAUUCCCCACUGAAAGACCCGAAUCCUCUGAGAUACUUAAGGCAACAGUCGCUGCCUGCUCCAAAAUUCACUGCCACCAUUGAAGCAACCAUUGUGCCCACCGCUGAGUUAGAGCCCAGCGGUUCGACGGGCCGCACAUCUCCCAGCAAAAGUGUUGUCUCCAAGGCUGUGCCUAUGCUGACACCCAAGCCUUACUCUCAGCCCAAAAAUACACAGGAAGUUUUAAAGAACUUUAAGGUAGAUGGAAAAGUCAGCGUGAAUGGAGAGAAUUUCAACGGAGUUGAAGAAAAGGAUAAAGAGUGUACAACAGUAAUAUUUACUCAAUCGCCAAGCAGAUCUCUGAAAUUUGAUGGAGUAGCCAGAGGGGACAGGCCCCCGGUAGAGUUGAAGAAGGACCCCACAAGUGUUGAGCUCAGUUUACAGAGGCCUGCCACUCAGAGUGUGCACAAAGAGCCAACAGCCUCCCCAGGGGAAGUGGAUCCGGCAGCCAGCCAGCAGACCGAGGGCAGCCCCGGCGGAGCAGGACCAGGGAGCCCUUUGGGCGCAUCCCCAGGUUCAGAUCAAAAGCAAUUCAAGUCAACUGCAGCUUGUGCCAGCCCUGUUGUGAAGAGCUUAGAGUUUCCUCCAAGUCCUGUCCCUUCCAAGGAUGUUGCUCCAAGUGAGAAAGAUGUGAAGAAACCUGAAAUGGAGCAGCAGAAGGAAAUAGUGCUCCGUGCUACGCAGGAGGUAAUAAAACCGAAGGCCCUGGAACAAGAAGGGAGUAUAGUAUUGCCAUUUUUAAAGAAGCUGCCUGAGACCAGCCAGGUCACUCUGCAGAAUUCUGAUCGACAAGCUGAUUCUGAUAGUGGUGACAAAUCAAACCGCUUCAAUUUCUGGUCCUGGGAUCCAGAAGAAGAGCGGAAGCGUCAGGAAAGGUGGCAGCAUGAGCAAGAACGCUUGCUUCAGGAGAAGUAUCAGAAGGAACAAGACAAGCUGAAAGAGGAAUGGGAAAAGGCACAGAGGGAAGUUGAAGAGGAGGAGCGUAGAUACUACGAGGAGGAACGUAAGAUAAUUGAGGAUACUGUAGUUCCAUUCAUUGUUUCUUCAAACUCUGCUGAUCUCCUCUCCUCUUCUUCCUCUACCACUGAAGGAAAUAAAACAGAGAACACAACUGAUUCAAACAGCUCUCCAGAGGAAGGCAAACAAAAUGAAGUUACAAGGCAGAAAAAACUGCUCUGGGAGCAGGACAGUAUUCCACCUCUGAAAAGCAAGGAAAAUGAACGCUGGCAAGAAAAGAGGAGUGGAAAUAAAGUGCUCUCAGGACACCCAGAGACGGGUAUCUUGAAAGGAGGUGAACAGGAGCACCAGGUGUCAAUGAUGGAGCGCAGCUCGCCUGCCCGGCUGAAUCUGCCGUUGACUCAGGACGUCUCAUGGAACCAGCAGUUGCUGACGAAACAGUCCCCGCAUUGCUCCGAGGACAUUCGGCAGAGAUCUUUCCUGGGUCAGAGUGUGGGACAGAAACCGAACUCCACAGGGGAAGGAAGGAGGGCAGGCUGUCACGAGAACUUCCGAUCCGGGCCAUUGUCUCCCUGCUCUCCUGCUGCGCCGAGUCAGUCACCCAACAGGUACAAAAGGUCCGUCAGUGGAAAGAAGCUUUGUUCCACCUGUGGGCUUCCUCUUGGAAAGGGAGCUGCCAUGAUUAUUGAAACACUUGGUCUUUACUUCCAUAUUCAGUGCUUCCGGUGUGGCAUUUGCAAGGGACAGCUGGGAGAUGCAGCAAGUGGAACAGAUGUCAGGAUUAGAAAUGGUCUUCUUAACUGCAACGAUUGUUACAUCCGAUCCAGAACUGCUGGACAGCCAACUACAUUGUGACAUGACUUUCGGUCCUAAUUACUUUGAAGAAGGAACUCUCUUCUCAUAUGUAUCGGCUGCCUCCAGACAAUCAUUUGUAAGAGCUUGAAUCAUGGACAUCGUGGCCCUCAUCUCAUUUUGAAAAACUCAUAAAAGCGCUGCACCUGCUCCUUUAAAAUGCAAUAUGUUGUUUUGCCCUUUCUUAAGAAAUUUGCAACACAUAUAUGACCAUAUUUGGUAAGGCAAAGCCUAAGUACUAUAAAAAAAAUCCCACAUUUUCAGGUAUGUCUAUGAUUUUCAGUCUGUUACUUUGUCCUCCUGAAAGUAAUAAGGAAAUAAACAUGCAAUAAAGCUGUUUUGUGUUAAUAUUUCUAGGAAUUAAAAUUUUGAGUUUACAGAACCUUUAUAGAAUAUGCCAAGUUGAGAUGAGAAGUAAUUUUAAGGUAGUAUCUAAUCAGUGCAUUUGAAAAACUAAGCAUCACAGCACAUGACUUCUCUGUUAUAACUGAAGCUAUAACUUUUUUUAUACAGAGACUAGUUUGAUAAUACAUCCUGUAAUUCUGAAACAUUUGUGUUUAUAUUACCUUCAGUGGAGGGUAGGAGUUAUACAAAUAAAUUAUUGCACCUUUAGUGAUAGGAUUUUUUGUUUGUGUACCUCAAGUAAUGUUCAUGACUAUAGCUCAAUAUUCUCUCAAAUAAAGAUUUCUUCAUUAAACCUAAAGACUGCAUACCGUUAACGACUGCAAGAUUCCUGUCAGGAGCAAUCCUUCUUUCUAAGUUCAGCAGCUGAUGUUGUCAUUGAAUUUGGUGAAAGGAUGAUGUGGGGGAGAGGCAGCGGCGUGGGUAGAUGCAACUGAACUGCGAGCCUGCAAGCUGCAGUGUGAUGGUUACAGUGAAGCUGUUCUGUCUGGCGUGGUGCUUUCCCACUGACAGUCUGAGUUGUUUUGGGAUCUGCUCUUUCCCUUGCAAUCAUUACGUUUGGUUGAAGUCUCGUGGGGAGAAAUAUGUGUGGUUUGGGUCCCCUCCAGAAUCAUCACACAAGUUAAGGAUGAAUUAUGCAGCCAGGAACCUGUGUUCCUCCAGACAUCCACCCCAACAAGAUAAGCAAAGCCUGUGAGCCUGGAAGGGAGGCAGGGAGGAGGUUGAUGGCAGUAGGUGAAAGCUUCCCCCCAUUUGGGCCAGUUUUCCUUUAUGCCUUUUGGUUAAGACUUUGCUCCUCACUGAAGUGUUCCAGCAGCUCAUGGAAGCAACAGCCAGAGCUGUGUGAGUUUAUCAGAGUAUAGACAAGUUCAGGGGAUGUAUUACAGUUGUAAAAUUUCAUAGCACAGUUUGGUAAAGGAAAUGGUUAUUUAAGAUAUCCCACUUAAGCUCUUUGAGAUGCAACUUAAAAUGGAGGGAAAAAGUUACUUAUCCUGCCUUAAAACCAUGAUAAAUUAAAAGAUUUGUUUUAUGUCUGUGUACAUCCAUUGUCUUUUGAUGUGUUGGUAAAUGGAAAUUAAGUCGUUAUUAGGGAAGCAAUAAUUUUGAGUUGUAAUAUAGCUAGCAACUAUUGGUUUAAACAUUAGACAAUUGCUUGCAUGUGAGUUACAUGCGCGUGCAGAACUGCGUGUCAUUGGCAACACAUGUACAACGCUGUCAUGUGAGGAGAUUGUGGAGAUCUGCUGGAAAGUUACAUGUUACUUCCUUCAAUUUGUGCCUUAGAAACUGCAAAGCUAUUGCACACAGUCAGUGCUGACUUAUGGAUGCAAUAAAUCAAAAAAAAAAAAAAA